AUGGUAAGGACGCGCCAUCAUUACCUUGGACUUAACUGGCGUAAUGUUUCUACAGGUAGUUCUGAAAAGAAUGCACAGAAUGUGUUAAUGCACAGAGAAUUGCAGAGAUGGUGUGUAUUCUGUCCUUUUUCCAGUGUCUCGUCAUUGUACUGCAUUUCUUUGCACAUCUUUCUAUGCACUCGUUUCUAUGAUAUGGUUGUAAGCAUGCAAUGGACAAGCUUUCUUAAACAUUAUUGCAAAAAAAUACAGUUCGAAAAAUGUCAACAUAAUACUUUGUGGGAGGGAGAAAGUAAUUGUAUAAAUAGAAAUAUGUAA